AUGGACGAAGCAGCAGCCAACGGACACCUCCAAGUAGUGAAAUGGUUACAUGAAAAUCGUGGAGACGGGUGUACCACUCAAGCGAUGGACUGUGCUGCAGCCAAUGGCCACUUGGACACAAUCCAGUGGCUUCAUAGCAAUCGGACCGAGGGAUGUUCGAAAGAUGCGCCGAUCUGGGCUGCUGAAGUGGGUCAUUUUGAAGUGAAGUGGUUACUGAUGAAUCGAUCGGAGGGAAACCCCGUUGAAGUGGUGGAAAAGGCUGGCCACUUGAGGAUUCCAGUGGAAUUUCCACGCUGGGUUCUUGCGCGUUUCCCACACGCCACCCCUAUCACAGUUGAUCUGAAACCCGACGCAGUGAGUUUGCCUUCAGGGAUGAUAACUAGGAAAACGCCUACCUACUCGUGGAGUGGCUUGAGAAACGGCAUCUACCCUGAAGUUGAACACUAAAGAGAGGAAACUAUUGCUAGGAGAAAAAAAAAAAUCUAAAAAUGAAGUUGCUUUACCUCGUGACGAUGAACACUUUAUAUCCUAACGUUUUAAUUUUUAUCCCCCAUUCAGCAUAAAUGUAUGUUUCCAACCUAUGAGUAUGGUUAUUUCAAAAAUAAAUUACCGGUGCAUUCUUUCCUACUGAUUCAGCGACCCAGACAAGCACGCAAUCUCGGGAGGCCCCACGGGCAUUUACAGUUUCGGUUGCUUGUGCAGUCACAUCUCCGUCUUCUCCAGCG